CACUGUGGCGUGACCGUUUUUGAGGGUGAAGCAAAAAGUAUUGGCAUUUUUAGAAUCCAUAACAGGAACAAAAAAUAUGCCAAAGUUAGCACUAAACUACUAGUAAACGUGUGAGGACAGCAUCCUCUUAACUUUAAUAGAUGUACACAGUGCAAUGUGAUGUCAUAUGCAGCGUCGAUGUUUAGCAAAUCACAAACGUACGAGACAUGGUACUUGUAAUCGUGUUGAUCGAGGAGUGCUUAAGAAAAUAAGAUUUACAUGCUUUUACGGAUUUUAUGUAACGUACAUCUCAGAACGACGUGAACUUGGGUACAUGAGAUUCAAUAUGGAGAAAUACAUUUCCACAUGCUCGUAUUUGAAUCUACACGAUUUGGACCCAAAUUUUCAAGUUCCAUUGAUCCAUUAGUCAGCUGUUUAUCUGAUGGCAGUCUUAGGACUAUAUGUCCUGUCCUCCUCGUCAUGGGUCAGUUUUGGAGUGGUCGCAAUCCUCUUCUACAUCCUUCUCAGAUUGACCCUAGCCUAUAUGAACUACCUGACCUGGGCCCACUACUACAAAGACCUCCCAGGGGAUCCUUGCCCUAGCAAACUUCUAGGGCAUCUGCUGAUGUAUCCUGGCCCCAAUGAGAAGGGUUUGAAAUUCCAGAUGGAGCGAUGUGACAAGUACCCGAUGUUUCACCUGCUAUGGAUCAGUUUUAGACCUGUACUGAUUGUCCACCAUCCAGACACAGUCAAAGUACUUUUGAAAUCUGUAGAACCCAAGCCCCGACAGAUGGGUACAGUGUACAUCAUGGGUCUGGACUGGUUGGGGGAAGGCCUACUGAUUGCCAAUGGAGAGAAAUGGGCUCGGAACCGCAGACUCCUCACUCCAGCAUUCCACUUUGAUAUUCUACAAUCUUACAUAGCUCUCAAAAACAAGGCUGCCAUAGUUUUAUCGGCGGAUCAAGCAAUGAAACAACCCCCCUCCCCCUUUACCCCAGAGAGAAAUGUAUUUCAAAAUGAACAGAGCAAUGCUUACUUGGACAAGAUAGAUAAGCAGGUGGAGGCUGGGAGAAGCUUUGAAUUGUUUUCUUACGUGGGACUGGCUUCGUUAGAUAUCAUACUGCAGUGUGCUUUCUCCUACAACAGUAAUUGUCAACAGAUAGGGGACACCCACCCUUACGUCCAUGCAGUCAACUUGCUGUCAGAUAUCUGGGUGGCAAGAUCAUUAAAGCCUUGGUUUUAUUCAGACAUGCUGUUCUACAUGUCACCCAGUGGACGGGAGUUCAAAAGAAACUGUGAUUAUGUGCAUAAAGUGGCAGAGGACAUUAUUGAGAAACGGAGAUUAAGUUUGAAAGAAGAUGGUACAAAUCCAAAAUCUCGCCACCUCGACUUUCUGGACAUUUUAUUGACGGCUAAAGACGAAAAUGACCAAGGCUUGACCUCGCUGGAGAUCAGGAAUGAAGUGGACACAUUUCUGUUUGAAGGUCAUGAUACGACUACAAGUGGCAUGUGCUGGACUCUGUAUUUACUAGCCAAACAUCCAGAACAUCAGCGUCGGUGUCAGAUGGAGAUUGACGAACUCCUGAAGGGUCGAGAAAAUGCAGACCUGGAAUGGUCAGAUCUAGCUAAGUUAAGUUACCUGACACAGUGCAUUAAGGAGAGUAUGCGCAUGUACCCUCCAGUGACCUUUGUACAGCGGGUCACUACCAAGGAUACCAUGCUGGACGGUCACCCCAUUCCUUCAGGGACAACCAUUGGAAUCCAGAUUUAUAACCUUCAUCAUAACAAAGCAGUCUGGGAUGACCCCUACACUUAUAAACCAGAGAGGUUCUCGUCAGAGAAGGAAAGGAAUGAAAAGAAUGAGACGUUUGCUUUUGUUCCAUUUUCUGCAGGACCCAGAAAUUGCAUUGGUCAACAUUUUGCAAUGAAUGAAAUGAAAAUCAUUCUGACUCAUAUUUUAAGAAGGUAUGAAUUAAGUGUGGAUCCUGACCAUGAGGUGAACAUUAAGAUUGGGGUUGUCUUGAGAACCAAAGACGGAAUAAAAGUCAAAGCAAAGAGGAGACAUGUCAUUUCUUAAAGAUCUAAAGAGACAGCAAGCAAUUAUUACUUUAAAGGAAAGUUUAUCAAAUAGGACUAUCAUGAUGAUUCAUAAAUUGUAAUUCCAUAGCAUACCAUUCCAUUUCCAUUCCAUUAUGCUCCUUGAAUCCGGUAGUUGUGAUUGCUAGUCUGUGAAUGUUAUACUCUUAUUUACAUGUAUUGAUUCCAAAUACGCAGGGCUUUUUUGUUUAUUUAUUUAUUACAUACCGGUACAUGACAGUGAUUUUCAAAUGAUUUUUUUUUAUGUAUAGAUAUAUAACAAAAUAUUUUACAGUUUAUAUGCACUUAAUGAAAAAAGAAACUUAUCAACUUAGAGAUUUUAAUGUCUUGCCAGAAACUGCAAUAUGAUUAAUAGACAUAUAUUUGUAUAUGUACAUGCAUAAGGGAUGCACCUUACCUGUGAUAACCAUAAUGUGUGCCAUAGAGUAAGAGUGCAGCUUAAUGGCAAUGCUAAUGCGUCAUCUAGAAAUGUGACCUUUUACAUGUAAUUUAUGCUGAACAACUAUUGGUACUCAUGUAUAACAACUAUUUGUACUCGUUUAUAACAACCAUUGGUACUCGUUUAUAACAGAUUGGUACUCGUUUAUAACAACUAUUGGUAAUUAUUAUAUGAAGAGGAUAACGUGAAAAUCUUUUUACAGUAAAUAUUUAAUGUUAUAGUAAAAAUAUGUCGUGGAUAUAUUUUCUGGGGAAUAUUCUUUGUCAUAGUCAUGGUAUUAUUGAGAAAUCUAGAACUUGUAUAUUUUGCAUUUUUAGAAUGUUUAGUACCUCACUUCAAACAUUCUGCCUCGUUUUGGUUACUCACAUUUCAAACAAGGUGCACAUAGUUCAGACACACACCUGCGUUGCUAGAUGAAUAGGAUACUUGUGAUGACAUUAUUUUAUAAGAGAUCAAAUUUCAGAGCUUAUGAAUUCCAUAGUUAGUAAAGUACAUUAUACCUGUCUUCGUUAGUGUAGAGAACAAACAUAAUUUGUGCGGAAAGUUUUGCUAAGUAUAUAUGUUUUAGAAAAGAACAAUGGAGAUGUUUUCAAGAAAUUUACCCCGUAUUCUCUCUCUCUCUCUCUCUCUCUCUCAUGCAUUGAAAAAAAUGUUUUGCUUCAAAUUUACUUUAACUAUUAUUGCUAUUGUAGAACAAUGAGUUGAUUUAAGUUCACCCGGCCCAGCUAUAAUGAUUAGGAGAAAAUUUACUUGAAAUGCAUUUCCCUCUGUACAGUACCAUUGAAGUGAACUGUUAUAUUUACAGCAACACUUGACACAUCGUCGGAUGCCCACAGUAAUCUCGUUUGGUACUCAUCAAAUUAACUUUGAUUCCUUGAUUUGCCAUCGCGAUUCUGUGCAGCAGCCAAUCAAAUGAUCCGCGCAUAUUAAUUACAUGUACAUACGAUGAUUUUUCGACGAGUUUGCCCACGGGUGAUGAGUAAAAGACGAUAUCACCCGUGGGUAUCCGACGAUGCACUUGAUACUGGUCUUAUGAAUUUUAUCACUGGCUGAGAUUAAAAGAAAACUUUAUGUAGAUACAUGUAAGGUCCUCUCUCAAUUUACAUGUUAACGUUUGUAUAGUCUGGAAAACGAAUAAAUUUGCAUAACCAGCAAUGAUCAUAUCCAUUGUGCCAAAUACCAUAUAAUGAUAUGCAAAUGUUAUUUGAUUAAAUAAUUUCAAUUGC